AUGAAGAUUACGUUACCACUCUUGCCUGUCUUUCUGGCCGGUGUCUUCGCUUUCACAGAUUUGCAUUCCCAUACAUGCGUCCGAGAUGCUGAGUGCCGACGCCAAAAAUUGGGGGCACAGAACGAGAUUUGUAAAUUAAGAAUUCUCCCCGUGCUGCUCAAGUUCUGCGGGGAACUGGACCCAUGGCAGUGCGUCGACGACGCGGACUGCAGACACGUUGGAGGGGAGUGCGUCGGAUAUACAGAGGGGAAUCCUGGGGUUUGUGAGGUGCUGGUCAAUCCCGCACGU